UCCGGGUGAGCGGCUGCCCCCUGGCUGCCCCACGGCUGCCCGUUGCCCUGGGCUCUCCUCGGUGAAUGUGCUGAGUCCUCAGCUUUAUGUAACCCCGAUACCCUGCGGACUGGAAACAGACUCUGCCCAGAUCAGCAGAUGAGAUAGUAAAACUCAAUGGCUGCAAAUCAGGGUAUAGAGAGUCCCACUGCAUCAGAUAAAUCCCCUAAUAAUUAACUGCCAGCCCAGCCAACUGCCAGCCAUUUCUUCUGUAAAGUCCAUUAACUGGUACUCUGUUAGUCUGUACCUGCGGCAGUCUGUACCACCAGCCAACUCUCACUCCAGAUGAAGGCGGCGCUGCCACCCAUGCCGACUGUAACCUGAUCCUUUUAAUUGUCGCCCCCUGGGGGAGGCAGCAUGUCAGUACAGCAGGGGGGCCCAGUGGGAUCUAUAAACAUAAUAGUAGGAUGUCUGGAGCUGCGCUAUUACAUGGAGUCAGAGCUAUGCCACAUUGAUCUUUGCAUUCUAGAAAGCAUAAUUACCAUCACAUGUCUUGUUUUUGCAUUAUUUCCUGCACUUCUGCAUAGGAAAAACACAUGGCAAACAUUUCCUGAGGCUUUUUUUCUAGGACCUUUAUCUAUAUGUACAUCCCCACAAGCCCCCUAACCUCGACUGCUUGCACCACCCCCCUAGCUCUGGCUCUCGCUCCUGGUUUCCCAACUGGAGCUGUGUAAUCAAACACGGUCUAGUUUCAGAGUGCCUGCCUCGUCCUUUCAUUGGCUCGCUGAUCGACAACACCCACCCGCCUGGUCAAUGAUAUUUUUGGGAGUUACCUAUUAAACUAUGUGGGUGUUUUUUCCCCAAACACUCCACAGAAGGACUUACCAAAUUCAUAGAAUCUGGACCUGUCUUGACCGGGUUAUCUGGAUUCUGUUGUAGUGAUGCAUGAUGGGUCACAUGCGUGUUGCUCAACCGUAAUAGUGUGUAUACAUGCUUUCAGCAUUUGUGCUGUGCCUACGGGCUCAACGUUAACCAAUAAGGGCUGCUUCAGUGCGUUUCCUCACAUGUGAAGCUUCUUCAGAACAUAACCACAAACUCACCUUAUCUAGUCCCAAUAAGUGUCACUUGAUGGAGAAGCAGGUGUUGGUUCAAAUCCCUCUGUAUUUGCCUUGAGCUGCAUACGUAAACUCAGUAUGUAUUAGUAAAAAUUUCAAGUUGUGCUACAUGAAAGCAAUAGCUCACAAACUUUGUUUGUUUUUGGUAUACAACACACAGUAUUUAAAUGUUCAACAUAUGUAUACAUACAAUUGUUACCAUAAAGGAAACCACGAAUGGCUUGGACUGUGGCUGUAAUUCACACCAGGAAUGCGUUCCUUCAAUGCUGUAACUGUUAGCUCAGCUGCUGUCUUGUGGAGGGGUGCCCCAUACCAAUGACGUCACCAUACAGCCAACUCCAGAGUUUCCCGGAAGAAGCUUUCAGGUGGCUGAGUUGGAACUCCAUCACGAGAGCAUCUUCACAGCGCGGUGACAACAUGGCAGCUGCGCCGACUAUCCAUGUUUUCUUGGGCGCCCCGGGUCUGUCUCUCGACGACGUGCCUGGUCCCAACCCGGACCAAGGCCCAUGGAAGACGGUGAACCUCCGUUUAGAAGGGGGGAAACUGCAGCCCAGGAAACAUGAGUCUGGAGGCAUUCCAGGGGAGCAGGGUGGGGUGGACCCUGUUACGCUCACUAAUGAGGGAUUAGAACAACUGAACAUCUACCCCCUGGACAGAAGCACCUCAAAGAGAGACACUGCACUCUCACAAAAAAAAUGGGCAGACCACGAAGGGCAGGGCUCAUGCCCCAGCACAGUCCAGGAUUACUUGGACAGCUGCUUCCCACAGCAUGGUCCAGGCCCGACAGGGGCGAGGCCCAGUGGCUCAGUGUCUGCGGGGACAGAGUACUUGAGUAUCUGGACCAUCAGCCAGGUGCUUAUGCUGAGAGGGAAACUGGGAACAGGGCAGAAAGAAGAAGUGGCAGAGAGGCCACCCACAAUCCCAGAGAGUAGCCCAGAGCUGUACAGCUCAGCAGGUGGCGAGAGUGAGAUAGGGGGACCGGGCACUGACAAGAGGCCACAGGAGCUCUUCAGUGCUCUGAGUGGUAGACAGGAAGAAGGUGGCUUGGGACUGGAGGCCACACCAGAUGGCAUCCUCUGCUCCCAGAGUUCCCCCACAAAAACAACGGGGGAGAUUACAGAUGCAACAGGCCAUGCGCAGCCCACUGCCUCAGUGAGCUUCUCUGUUCAGGGCUCUUCAGUGUCCCCAGCCUCCAAGAAGAGCAGAGCAUCCCCUAGUGUGGCAAGGAUCCAGGAGCAGCCAGGGCCAACGCACAGGAGCCUGCAAAUGAACUCGUGUGACUCCACCACACUACUGGCCUGGUGUGUGACCAGGGGAAUGCCUUGCUCCAUCCUGGUUGUUGUACUGUACCCAUGUCACCUGAAGGAGGUUAAGGUGAAGUCAGGGGCCUGGGCAGGAUCCACGGUUCCCCUGGCAACCAUUGUGGUCACUGACCAAUCAGGUGUGGAGAUGAAGGUGGUGUUAUGGAGAUAUGCAGCAUUCUGGGCCCUGACCGUGUACCCAGGCGAUCUGCUGCUGAUUAAAGGCGUGACCAUCCAUGAAGAUAAGUGGAGGGGGGAGGUGGUCCUGCAGUCCACACGUUCCAGCAAGCUGCUGAACCUGGGCCAGGUCACUUGCGACCACCAGCCACCAGCCCCGUGUGGUGUCAGUCAGUACACUCUGGAUGAGCUCUGCUCCCACAUGCGGGAGAAGUACCGCCCCCUGAUGACCCUCCCAGCCCGAAUCCCCCAGGACCCUCAGGACAUCCCUUAUGUCCACCUCAGGUCGCUGAAGCCAGACACACUGGUCCACGCUGUGCUGAGAGUAGUCAGUAGCUCUCUGUUCAAAGCUUGGCGCACAGAGGCGGCGAGCUUUUCUCGGACAGGAGCCGUGCAGAAGGCUACGCUGACUGUAGAGCAAGGAGAUGGCCAGCAGAGGGAGCUGGUGCUAUGGGGAGUCGCGAUGACCUGGCUGAACCGUAUCCAAAGGAACAAAGACGCAGUCUGGGAUUUCCGAGUUCUUUUGGUGAAACAGAACAACAUAUCUGGCCAUCUGGACCUGCACUCCACACCCUGGGGUGCCUGCAAACCCCUCUUUCCCGGCGAUACAAAGGCGACAGUGUUCUGUAGUGCGAUCCGGCCAUAUCUGGGCCUGGCCAGCUUUGAGAUCGACCUGCAGACCCUACUGUCGCAGAAAUACACAGGUGACGUGGAGCUGAGGUGUCACAUCACGGGCUUCCAGUUCCAAAGCAGCUCCUUCCAAGAUGCCUCACCAGUACUGAAUGGGGACACGCCAUUGGAGGGGAUUUUGUUAGCUCUCUCUGGGGACGUGACCUUCACCGGCUGUGGGCAGUGUGGCUCGGAGCUGGCCACCGAUGCCAACGGGAUCUACCGGUCCUGUUACCCAUGCCUGCCCCACACUGCUGUUCGCCGCUACUAUAGGCCUGCCCACAUAACGGUGAGGGAGGGGGACAGAGAGGUCGGCAUCCGGGUGCCCUCUGUACUCGUGCAGAAGAUUUUGAAGGAUGUUCCCCCAGAGAAGCUGAACAAGGCUGUGGCUUCUGUCUCGGACAGAACUUUUGUCCAGGUGGUGGCCGAGACACUCUGCUCUCUGCUCUCCGAUCCCCUCUGCACCGCAUCGCUGACUAUCCACAGCCACUUCCAGUGUGAUGAGAACAGCAUCCCCAUUGCCCACGACCUCCUCCUGCUGGACUUCACCCUGCAGCGUUGAUGAUGUUUGCUGGACUUAUCAUCCUGAAUUUCAUGUACCCAGUCCCCCCUGGUAUUGGCUCCAGGCUCACUGUGACUGUGACUCGCGGUGACUGUUUGCUUUAAUUUAUAUUUUGUCUAAUAAUUCCUUUUUAUUUAAUAUUUUAUUUUUUUGCGAUUGUAAUGGAAUUCUGAUUACAUAUUAAGUUUUUUUUUACUUCUACUAAUAAAUAAUAAUUCCUUACUAA